UUCAAAGGAACACCGACUUCCUGGAGCUGCAGCAGGAGCAAGCUUGCUAACUGCGGAAAAAUAACAGUCAAUGGAAGCUUCGCUGUAAAGUUGAAAAGCGUAUUCAGAUGGGUCUAAAGCACCCAUUUUGUACAACAGAUAUGUCGAAUAGCAUCAGUUCUAGACGCAUUUAAUCGGGGUAUCGUCCAGGCUCCAUGUCUCAAUAUUACUGCGCCGAUGUGGGGAGCUCCACGGUGCGGUGUUGUUACUUGCAUCCGUAGGCUUUAGGCCACCAAGCGGCCUAAACGCAGUCACUUAGAGCUAGAUCAGUGACAGCUAGCUAGCUAGUUAGUUUGACCAAUACAUGGCUAUUUAUAUCGUGUAUCUUUUAAUUAUGCUGUAGCUAGUUGUGUGUUUAUGACACUUAGUUGGCUAACGUUAACUGAAUAUAACACAACUGGCUUGCCAGCUAGCUAGUUAGUUCUGUAGUUGCGCUGUAGGUUGCUAGCUAGCUAAUCUUCAACCUGGACAGCUAACGUUAAGUUAGCAAGCUAGCUAAGUUUUUCAAAGUGAUAAUUUCUCUAUUUGAGGUGUUUGUUUUUAUUGCAUACGUUUUAUUUUUCAUUUUAAAAACCUAUAAUUCAGGUAGAAAGACGUAACGUUACCUCCUGAAUGUUUGUUUCAUUUUAGCAAGGCUAGAUAGCCAUAACUCGGAAUUUGUCAUAUUGCAAUGUCUACACCUUCCGCCGAUAUGCUUGAAACCCCACCUGGAUAUCCCUUUGAAGAGAUAGAAUAUGGGGAUAUUGAAGUUGAAGAGGUGGUUGGAAGAGGAGCUUUCGGCGUUGUCUGCAAAGCUAAGUGGAGAGGCAAGGACGUAGCCAUCAAGACAAUAGAGAGCGAAUCCGAGCGAAAAGCGUUUAUAGUUGAGCUUCGACAACUUUCGCGGGUGAACCACCCCAACAUCGUGAAGCUUUAUGGUUCAUGUAAUAACCCAGUUUGCCUUGUGAUGGAAUAUGCUGAAGGAGGAUCUUUAUAUAAUGUGCUGCAUGGAGCCGAACCCCUCCCCUACUACACGGCGUCCCACGCCAUGAGCUGGUCCUUACAGUGUUCCCAGGGGGUCUACUAUCUCCACGGCAUGAAGCCCAAAGCCCUCAUCCACAGGGACCUCAAACCACCGAACCUUUUGCUUGUGGCGGGAGGGACCGUGCUGAAGAUCUGCGACUUCGGAACGGCCUGCGAUAUUCAGACGCACAUGACCAACAACAAAGGGAGCGCCGCCUGGAUGGCCCCGGAAGUGUUUGAAGGCCACAACUACAGCGAGAAGUGCGACGUGUUCAGCUGGGGCAUCAUUCUCUGGGAGGUCAUCACGCGCAGGAAGCCCUUCGACGAGAUCGGAGGCCCCGCCUUCCGCAUCAUGUGGGCCGUGCACAACGGUACGCGGCCGCCCCUGAUCAAGAACCUUCCGAAGCCCAUCGAGAGCUUGAUGACGCGCUGCUGGUCCAAAGACCCCUCACAGCGUCCCUCCAUGGAGGAGAUUGUGAAGAUCAUGACCCACCUCAUGAAGUACUUUCCAGGAUCCGAAGAACCCCUGCAGUAUCCCUACCAGUAUUCGGAUGAAGGUCAGAGUAACUCUGCCACCAGCACAGGGUCCUACGUGGAAUACACCUGCACCAGCACCAGUAACAAGAGUGACAUUAACAUGGAACAGGGAGACUCUCAGGGGAGCAACGACACCAUCAAGAUCAUGGAGACAAAGUUUGUACCUCCAUUCAAACCAAAGGGAGACACGAUGUGGAGCCCCCUGUCCAGAGGGGGCAGUGUGGAGAGCCUGGCUGGGCGGCCGCAGUGCCUGGCGUCCCUCGACAGCAAGCGAAUGAGCACCGACCUAUCAGAGCUGGAGCACAGGAUGCCCUUCGGACCCGCAGCACGCCCCCAGUAUAAGCGAGGUCACCGUAAAACCGCCUCGUUCGGCACCAUUCUGGACGUUCCCAAGAUCGUCGUCACAGCCAGCUGCGAGGCCCAGAGACGCAGAUCCGUGCAGGACCUCCCCGGGAUCAGCAGCGAGUCCAGCCAGGGGAGCAGGAACAGCAGCCGGUCUUCCAGCCCCAGCAUGAGGAUGGUCACGUCGGACAAGAGGGGCUACAGCUUCUCCCCAGACGACCCCACAGAUACAAACGGAUCGGACAACUCCAUUCCCAUGGCCUAUCUGACACUGGACCACCAGCUUCAGCCCCUCGCACCCUGUCCUAACUCCAAAGAGUCCAUGGCCGUGUUUGAGCAGCACUGCAAAAUGGCCCAGGAGUACUUGAAAGUCCAGACGGAAAUCGCUCUGCUGCUACAGAGGAAGAAAGAGCUGACGGCCGAGCUGGACCAGGACGAGAAAGACCAGCAGAACGCCUCCCGCCUGGUCCAGGAGCACAAGAAGCUGAUGGAGGAGAACAAGAGCCUGUCCACGUACUUCCACAAGUGCAAGAAGCAGCUGGAGCUCAUCCGCGCACAGCAGCAAAAGAGACAGGGCACCUCGUGACCACCAUCUUCCCCCUCCUACACCCCCACCCCUCCCCUCCAAUGCCUCUCCACCACGGCCCCCCCCGCCCCACCCAUCCACCCUCCCUCCCCCCUUCACCUUAUCAUGUGGGACAUGGGUAAUGGGUUUCCCUGGUCUAUAGGUUACUGGCUUUCUUGCACUGUAAGAGACCUAGAAUCUACUGUGUUCGAGCAUGCUGCAUCACGCACCCGAUGUGACUUCAGAACAGGGAGGGGGAAUGGGGAGAAUGCGGAGGAAGGGAGGGACCGGGGCGCCAUUCCCGUUGACAAUCAAGGCUACCGCCGCAUCCCGGUUAAGGCGUAAGGAAUGGCAAUGCGGUCCGCGUUUCGUUCUUUCAACCGUCUGGUGAGCGCCGACACAGUAGACGCGGAUCGAACGUGCGUGGCUUGGUCCGAGCGAGGGUCGUCCCAGCAAUACCCGUUGCAAUGAGAGCGUAGGAGAAUCCCAGGAAGGCGUGUAACGCCCCAGUCAGGACUUCCAGGAGCACCACGGGUGGAGAGGCUGAGAUGUUUUUAGCGGAUCUGGUGAGACACCCCCCACCCACACAUCUCAGCCUCUCUUAAGAGAGCACAGCAACCAGCACGUCAGUCGUGGUGCAAAUUACCCCCCCCCCCCCAAUCAAAGAGGAACGGGGUGGGUUUGGAUGGCCACGUUUCCAACAAAACAUUACCAGUGCAUUUUAACUGAACAGGCUGUGCGUGCCACACACCAAACCGAUUGUUUUGACGUCGCGUAUUUGAUUGUAUACCUUUUUCGCCUUCGUUGGAACGUGGCCGUUGCUAGGGUACCGGGGUUUCGUCUGGGGGGCGAAUGCUCAUUGGUGGCUCUUCUACCCCUGUAAAGAAUUUAAUGUGAACGUAAGCAGAGUGAGUGACGUCUACCGCAACUUCUUCACUAACAUGAAAUGUUCUUGUUUUUUUUUUGUUUUUUUUGUUUGUUUAAAUGGUGGAUCUAUUUUAAGUAUAGCUUUAACUGUACAUGGGUCAAAUAUCCAGAGAAAGACAAGGAAUGUAUGGCGAGUUUCAAUACAAUCCUUGAAUUUAUCUUCACAUAAUAAGAUGCAAGACUUGUUUUAUUUCCAUUUUCUCCAGGUUUUUUUUUUUUUUUUUUUUUUUAAAGCAAAGCAACCAAAUAAUUAACAAUGCUGAAUGAAAUUCUGUUGACCGUUUGCUCCGUGCAGUUGUACCAGGUACUUUAAACUUUAAGCAGAUUUUGGCUUUGCAGUAACAGUGUUUCACACUAAAAACAAGAAAUCGCUCUGCCUGUCAUCUGCUGAACGUGCAAAAGGAGAGGCGACAUUUUAAACAAGCAUCACGGGUUCACCGUUUUUUGUUUUUUUUUUCGCCGUUUUUUUUCUACGAAGUAGGUUUCGCAUGACGCGUAGGCCGGUUUGUGGACAGUAGCUUUGCUCCGGUACUUCGCAUAACAGAAAGGCUUCCUCCGCCUCAACACAGUACAUUUUUAGUUCACAGAGAUGCCUUAGAAUUGUAUCGCUUGCAGUUUAAAGUAUUUCAUUUGUUUUCGCCGUACUGAAAGCUUGUCAAACUGAACCUCGUGUAACGUAAUUAGCCGUCUGAAAAAUGUGACUUCUACUACUCCGGGAAUUGCAUAUGCAAAUGAACAAACCAGGAAGCAGGAAGCCGAUGCCCCUGAUUGUUCGCUGUAAUUGAUUGUCGAAGAUAUGCUGCAAAGGAAUUCUCGUUCGCUUUUGAAUUUCCGAAACCCUGGAGAGUCGCUCAUGCAAUGAAUGAAUGAAUGAAUCUACUUGGCUUCUGCAACGCUGAGGAGUGCACCUUUUAAUUUAAGUGUGUACCUUUAUACUGUUUUAAUUUUACAUGCACUCUAGGCCCCUCAAUGUUUUGCACAAUCAGAUGGUUUUACUGAACACCCGUUAGCAAAUAAUUAUACAGUUGAAGUCUUGUAUGUGAAAACAGCUGUUUUAUUAUACAAGCCAAAUAAAUAGUAACUUAUCGAUAUGUAUAGAAUACAUAUUUAAACAAUUCAGUUAUGAUAUGCAGUGAGGUUUUUUCCCCACAUAUUUUUUUUUUUUAAGGUUUUGAGUUCACGCUAUACUAUUUACUAUGUACUGUAUAUAAAAUAUCUGAUUUCUUAAGCUAUGGAUAUGGGAAUAAAUCAGUGGAAACAGGAACUGUGGUGAAAUAAAGGGAUUGAAGAAUG